AUGGUUCAGGCUGUCAAGCGGCCUCGUUCUCGGAAAUGUCUCACCAGUGCAGAAGCCUGGGAGAGAGUAGAGUGUGUCGCCCGCAGACUAAGCACGACCCAGCGCCUGGGAGAUAGAGACUCCAAGCAAGUUUCAGCUGCAUUUUCCUUACUGAAUCAUCCAUCGGAGUCUACCGGUCAACACAAGUAUCGACAGUUUCUGGACCUAAAUCAGCUGAACUCAGAGCGGCUAUCCAAAGAUAACCACGCUGGUGAGAGCGAAAAUCGCCGGAUCUCGCCAACAAGUGAGGGAAUCAUCCGUCAACUUUCUAGCGAGCAUGGGGGAGUCGAUAUCGCUAGUGCCUCUACAUAUCGAAUGAAUUUGGAACCUGAACUCUUUCAUGAUGAUGGCAUUCGUGAGCAAACCUUAAAUUACCGUGAGAUUCAAUCCUCCUGCUUUCUCAACAUUGCUGCUUCUGAUCAAGACCCAAUAGAUCACCGGGAAAGUCUCGCAUUUGAAGGCCAAACUGAACCUAUCCCAAACUGUCGUGCUUACCAAGACCUUACGAAACCCCACGCACAAGACGAUAGCCAAGAAAAUACAGAUAUCACCAACACACAAGAAAUAUUUGAACAUGCAUCCAUCGACGGCAUUGCUGCUGUUUUCAAAGGUCUUAUUUGCGGAGCCAUCAGAACCACUUCUGUUUUUGUAAACGGAAUCACGCGUUCAAUGGCAUCAGUGACAACUGUGUUUCCUCCUUGGGGCGCCGUCGACUGUUUAUUGAGUCUCGAUAUUUGUGAAACAAAUGUAGAAGCUCUGGCGAUGGCUCUAUUUAAUGCAACAGUGAAAUGGGUGAAAGAGUCUCUACAUAUUGGCUUUGCAAGGGGAACCAGCCUGACCAUACCCAACUCCGAGGUCACUCUGAAAGGUGUGCAUGAUGAAGCUAUUGCCCAGGUGUUUGGUUCCGAAAUACAGCAGGCAAUAAAACAGAGCCGUAUUCGCAUACAAGAGAUGGAAAAAGGUAAAUUAAUGACCGAAUGUGUGUCGAUGAUCAUCACCGAGAAAGGAGCUAUCAUCAGCCUAUCGCUCGGUCUCGUUCAAGGGCUAGAAAUACAAAAGAAGCUAUAUACAUAG